AUGAAUACGGGGGCAGUAUACAGGAUAUAUUGUCGCCGGUCGAUCGGCGGACUGAGAUGGGCGUCAGUGAUAAAUAUAUAUGGCUUCCAUUGUUUUCUCGUUCUCUUUCCCCCCUGCCAUCUAUCACAAGCGCUUGACAUGGAUGUGACGCUUCCCCCUGACGUUCAUAUGUACUAUCUUCUCGUCGAUCUCAACAUCCUUACCUUCCUGAAGUGGGUCUCACAGUGGGCGCUAUCAACCUCCGAAUCCUCCAUGCUCCUUCCCGCCAUCGCCUCGACGCCUGUCCCGCCCAAACGUCGUGCUCUCCUUAUCGGUAUCGUCGGACAAGGAGAGGGUACUUUGAAGGGUCCCCACGAAGACGUCAAGAAAAUGAGUGUUUUCCUUCAAGAAAAAUAUCAAUAUUCUCCUGAAAAUGUCACAUGCCUCCUCGAUGCUCCGGAUUACGAACAACCUACAAGAGAGAACAUCCUCAAACACGUCGCUUUGCUAGUUGCAGAUGCGAAGCCCCAGGACCAUUUCUUCUUCCAUUAUUCAGGGCAUUCCGAUCAGGAAGCAACUCCAGAUACACGCGAAGAAGACGGAAUGAAUGAGUUCCUGGACAUCUCAGAAAACGAGAGAAUUCUCGACGAUGAGCUCCGGGAACUGAUGGUGGAGAAAUUGCCUCAUGGAACUUCCCUAACGGCCGUAUUCGAUUCUUGUCAUUCCGGUACCCUUUUAGACCUGCCGCAUUACCACUGCAACGCAGUAUACCUACCGUUCGUGAACAAAGGCGUCAGAGGCACUAAAGAUAAUUGGCGCCUCCUCAAUCGAGAGAACGCUGCCCUCUACCCAAAUACAUCAAAUACGCCUUCCCCGCGCACUCCGCGUUCGCCGAGACUGGGUUUAAGGCGAUUCAGCAUCCUCAAUGACGCUCGAGCGAACCGAACCGCACAGCAACAACGUCACCCACAGGUUCUGCCUGAGGCCCAAGCCGAAAAUCCGGCUCCAGCAGCCGUGGCGCCGACUCGGUCACUCUCUAUUGAUACGGCAAUCGAUUCAGCACAUAGGCUUCAAGUGUGCCAGAGCGCCAUGAUGUAUGAAUCUCCAGAUCAAACUUUCCAGUGCAACGGGUUCGAUUGUAGUGCAAAGACACCCACUUACCCACCUAUAGCAAAUGUGAUCUCCAUCUCCUCCUCCAUGGAUGCUCAGCUGACUUACGAAGAAAAAGACGGGAAUUCGAUGACAAAUGCACUAAUCGGAUUCUUAUCGGAGAAUCCACACCCUAAAUUGACAGAUCUCCUCUCCAACCUCUCAUACAUACUGCACGCGCGCGCCAUCGAGCUACAUGCGGCCGCGGCAGAUUUUCGCUCCAAAAUGAGAGCGUAUAACGAGAAACGCGUCAAGAAGGGCAAACAGCCUAUCCACCUCGAUUCAAUGCCCCCUCCGGAGAUGAUCAACUUUCAGAUUCCCCAGCUCUCAAGUGAACGGCCUCUACCCCACGACCAGCUUUGGGAUCCUUGA